UCGAUUUUGACAGCGUGCGCCUGAUUAUCUACUCUUAACUGUAAUAAGAGAUUCCUUACUCUCAUUUGAUACAUUAAUAACUAUUGGCUGCCAAGAAAUGUUUUAAUGCUCGGACACGGACACUGUUUCGGAAAGCUGUCAACGGAUGCGUGGUCUGUGAUGAUUAAACAAAUCAUACUUUCUCACAGGAGUUCCACGUCGUCGUCAACGACCCAGUUAUGCUGGAGCUUGGCCGGCUCCAGCAUAAUGAGCGCUGGGGCGAGCCGGCUCCAGCUGCCGGCGACGUGGAGCUCCUCCACAAGCAGCUCCGGUACCAGGCGUACCGGCAGUACGCUUUGUGGUGGUGGGGCACGCUGGGCCGGUCCCAGCGCCGGGUGAUUCCCGCCUGCGUGGUCUGCGCCGUUCGGCGCGCCCACCCCAGCCCGCAGGGCUUCUACGUGGGGUUCAAUGCCAUCCCGAUGUAAGUCUAGUCCAUAGUCCAUUGUGGCUGUGAAUUGUGAUU